GGAGAGGAUAGGACAAUUACACACGAUAGGACAGUUACACACGAUAGGACAGUUACACAUGAUAGGAGAGGAUAGGACAAUUACGCAGGAUAGGAGAGGAUAGGACAGUUACACACGAUAGGACAGUUACACAUGAUAGGAGAGGAUAGGACAAUUACACACGAUAGGACAGUUACACAUGAUAGGAGAGGAUAGGACAAUUACACAGGAUAGGACAGUUACACAUGAUAGGAGAGGAUAAGACAGUUACCCAAUAUGAAGUGGAAAAACAGGAUAGGAUAGGACAAUUACACAUGAUAGGAGAGGAUAGGACAGUUACACAGGAUAGGACAAUUACACAAUAUGAAGUGGAAAAACAGGAUAGGAUAGGAUAGGACAGUUACACAUGAUAGGAGAGGAUAGGACAGCUACACAUGAUAGGAAAGGAUAGGACAAUUACACAUGAUAGGAGAGGAUAGGACAAUUACCCAAUAUGAAGUGGAAAAAUUUAAAUGAGGAAAUGCAUGAAUGUGUUUUUCCUACAUCAUCUGUGGUCAGGAGCAGAUACAACAGGUCUGUGGGCAUCUGGGGACACCGUUCUAUCUAUGGACAUAUUGAGGAACUGUGUGUGACACUGAAGUGGCUGUUUGCUAAUGACUGCCAUUGAUUCCGUUAACUCUAUAGUCAUGAACCAAACCACAACCCUUGCGUGUGUGAGUGUGGUGAAAUAACCCUCCCUAUGUGUACGUCUGUUUAUACAAGAACGCACCCUGUGUGUGAAUCAGCGGUGGAGAUUGUGCAGCAUUAUAUCCUGUCCCCAAGCACAUGAUCUGUAGUGACGCCUCAUACGGACUGCUGUCGUCACUCCCUCCUCAUCUCUCUCUCCCUCCCUCCCUAUGGGUUAUAAGGUGUAGUGAACAUUGAGCUCACUCAGAAACACAGCGAGUACGUCUCUCACACACUUGACGAGAGACAACACAUCAAGUGUUUAUCAGAAGUUCUGCAACAUUUACUGACCGUUCUUUCUCAAGACUGUCAGUCAGACAUACAAGGAAGCAAGAGACUAUAAUGAUGGAAACUAUGGUCUGUCCAAUGGGCAGUGGUGCCAGUAGACUCUACAGCUCCCUGGCCCAGACCCUAGUCAACAACAGCACCACUACCACCCCGCUGGCCCAUCACCAGGACCCCCAGCACCCCUCCCAGGGGUGUCACUCUCCCCCGGAGCACCCCACGGACCCCCUGGAGCUGCUGAGGGAGUGUGAGGAGGCUCUACGGGACAGGCCUCCUCGCCUCCUCAGAGCCUUCAUCUGCCCCGGGGAGGGAGAGGUGGACAGGGAGGAAGUGGACAACAGUGCCACUCAGAGGACCAUCAGGGUUAUGCAGUGGAACAUACUGGCUCAAGCUCUAGGUGAAGGGAUGGACAGUUUCGUCAACUGUCCCCUGGAAGCACUGAACUGGGCGGAGCGUAAAUACCUCAUCCUCGAAGAGAUCCUCACCUACCGACCUCACAUCCUGUGUCUACAGGAAGUCGACCACUACUACGACACCUUCCAGCCAAUCCUGGCCAGCCUGGGUUACCGCAGCAACUUCUGCCCCAAGCCCUGGUCUCCGUGUUUGGAUGUGGAGGGCAACAACGGUCCGGAUGGGUGUGCUCUGUUCUAUGAUGAAGCCCGGUUUGACUUGGUGGAUAGUGUGAAUGUCCGGCUGUGUGCCGUUUUAAUACCCACCAACCAGGUGGCGGUCGUCACGACGCUGCGUUGCAGGGUGACAGGCCGGCGGCUGUGUGUUGCCGUGACGCACCUCAAAGCCCGGAGCGGCUGGGAACGUCUCCGUAGCGCCCAGGGUUCCGACCUUCUCCGGAACCUCACCACCCUCACCCAAUCACCAGGGGGUCCUUCGGGUCCCAUAGGCAUCGCCCCAGACACCCCUCUCCUUGUCUGCGGGGACUUCAACGCUGUGCCUUCCGAGGACGUCUACCAACGUUUCGCCUCGUCGCCGUUGAUCCUUGACUCGGCCUAUAAACGGUUAAGCCGGGACGGGCUUUCGGAACCGGCCUAUACCACGUGGAAGAUCCGACCGACGGGAGAAUGUUGUACCACAUUGGAUUAUAUCUGGUACUCUAGAGAAGCUUUCCGUGUGGACGCCGUGUUGGAUAUGCCUACAGAGGAACAGAUUGGCCCUAACAGGCUUCCGUCGUACAACUACCCCUCCGAUCACCUCUCGCUGGUGUGUGACUUCAGCUUUAAAAAGGAGGAGGAGUGAAGAGGAUCAUAUGGACACUUGAUUGACAAUUCAAAGGAUGGAGUGGCAGAACGAGGGAUGGAAGGAUGGAGUGGCAGAACGAGGGAUGGAAGGAUGGAGUGGCAGAACGAGGGAUGGAAGGAUGGAGUGGCAGAACGAGGGAUGGAGGGAACAGAACGAGGGUUGGAAGGAUGGAGGGAACAGAACGAGGGAUGGAAGGAUGGAGUGGCAGAACGAGGGAUGGAGGGAACAGAACGAGGGAUGGAAGGAUGGAGGGAACAGAAGCGCCACUAUCCCUCUGAGUCCGAACCCAUCUCUGGGGUAUGAUGACUGGAGAACAGGAGGGAAAGAGGGAGGAGACUACCCUCUGGUGUGAGCUUACUUUUCAGAAGUCAUGUUUUCAUUGACUAAAACACUCUGAAUGAAGGAGAGACCAAGAGGAAUGGACUGGACAGACUGCUGAAACUAGGCUCUAUGGUGCCUGUCUACAGUAUAGGUGCUGUUGUUGUACCUCUUGACACUGAUGAUUGCACCCUACCUGCUGUUUGUACUAUCCAACUCAAUGGUUCUACUUGUCCUGGGCUGCUUCAAUUCAGCAGGGUAAUAGUACAGAGCAGGAUCAAGGAGUUAGCCGGCUAACUAGCCUAAAUAUUCUGAAGUAUACAGUGCAUUCGGGAAGUAUUCAGACACCUUUACUUUUUUCAACAUUUUGUUACAUUACAGCCUUAUUCUAAAAUUGAUUAAAUUAAUGUUUUAACCCCAAUCUUCACACAAUACCCCACAAGACAAAGCAAAAACAGGUUUUUAGAAAUACCUUAUUUAUAGCAAUACUUUGCUAUGGGCCUUGAAAUUGAGCUCAGGUGCAUCUGGUUUCCAUUGAGAUGUUUCUACAACUUGUUUGGAGUCCACCUGUGGUAAAUUACAU